AUGGCACACAAGGUGUCAGUUUGCUGGACCAUGAGGUUGCAGAGGACUCAAAUAUGGACUGUGGUCGGCCAAGAUGCCAAAAAACCGGAUGGACAUCCAUCAGAGACGGCUGAGUCUUUAGCUACAAACCUUGGUUCCGUCACAACAGUGGUUUUGGCACUACUGGAGCUGCAUCAAAUCAAUAAAACAAUCUUACAUAUUGCAUGUUAUCCUAAGGAUUGCAGUGGUGUCAGUGGUAAAAGCGGACCUCACAUUAUCAAACCUAACGGAUCCCCCCCACUUGUUAUGUAUUGCGACAUGAGUACAGACGGUGGUGGAUGGACCAUGAUUCAAAGGAACAAUCAGCCUACAGAAAUUAACUGGGCAGAAUGCUGGACAGCCUACAAGUAUGGUUUUGGCAAUAUCCUUCGGGAUCACUGGCUGGGAAAUGAAUAUGUAUACAAGAUCAUAAAGCAGAGAAAUUACAAAAUAAAGUUUUUGCUGAGGGAUAGGUACAAUAGACUGCGUAUUGCUAAUUAUGACUCAUUUGCUAUCGGAAAUGAAGUAAGUGGUUACAGAUUGAGAUUAGGUAGAUACUCAGAAAAUGCCGGCAAUGCUAUGGUAGGAAAUCAGAACACCGUUGUACAUGAUAAUAUGAAGUUUUCAACAUUGGACCGAGACCAGGAUAGGUCAUCGUCGAACUGUGUAAAAUCUUGCAAGGGCGGCUUCUGGUUUAAUAAUUGUUACAGGGUUAACCUGAAUGUAAAGACAUCAAUCUACUGGUAUGGCUUGUGCAAUGGCAACUGCAAGUCUUCCCAGAUUCUGAUCAAACCUGACAAUGUGUGUAAGCAGUAUAAUUAACACAAGUGACAUAGAACUGAUGAGUUCCAGAUGAUCCUUCAUCCU